AUGGCCGAAACGCAGAAGAAGGGCAAGACUCCUCAGGAAUUCGCUGUUGAUUUCUUGAUGGGUGGUGUUGCCGCUGCUGUCUCCAAGACCAGUGCUGCGCCCAUCGAGCGUAUCAAGCUCCUUGUUCAGAACCAAGAUGAGAUGAUCAAGCAGGGUCGUCUGUCCUCACCUUACAAGGGUGUUGUCGACUGUUUCGCCCGCACGUACCGCGAUGAGGGUCUCGUAUCUCUCUGGAGAGGUAACACUGCCAAUGUCAUCCGGUACUUCCCCACCCAGGCCCUGAACUUUGCGUUCAAGGACUACUUCAAGUCAUUAUUUGGCUUCAAGAAGAACGAUGGCUACUGGAAGUGGUUUGCGGGUAACGUUGCAUCUGGUGGUGCCGCUGGUGCAUCGUCCUUGCUCUUUGUGUAUUCCCUCGACUAUGCGCGUACUCGUUUAGCCAAUGAUGCGAAGUCUGCCAAGGGUGGAGGAGCGCGUCAGUUCAACGGCUUGGUCGAUGUCUACAAAAAGACCCUUGCAUCUGAUGGUAUUGCGGGUCUCUACCGUGGAUUCGUUCCGUCGGUCGUUGGUAUCAUUGUGUACCGCGGUCUUUACUUUGGUGUCUAUGACUCCGUCAAGCCUGUUGUACUCGUUGGCGCUCUUGAGGGUUCCUUCUUGGCUUCGUUCAUGCUUGGUUGGGGUGUUACCAUUGGUGCUGGUCUUGCUUCGUACCCUCUCGACACUAUCCGUCGUCGUAUGAUGAUGACGUCCGGUUCCACUACCCACUACAAGUCCAUGUUUGAUGCUGGCUCUCAGAUUGUCGCCAAGGAGGGUACCAAGUCGUUGUUCAAGGGUGCUGGUGCCAACAUCCUCCGUGGUGUUGCUGGCGCUGGUGUGUUGUCGCUGUACGACAAGCUCCAGCAGGUCAUGUUUGGCAAAGUCUACUCUGGUGGAUCUGGCUAA